GACACAGGACACCUCGCAACAAGUUAUUGACACACUACCCAUGCCGUUCUCUACCUCACCGGCAAUCGCCCUUCGAUUUGCCGCAAUCGCCGGCCUCGUGGUGGACCCGUCCUCCGCCUUUGUGGCAAACCCCAGACCGCCGCUGAAGACGAAAGACACCGCGCUGUCUGCCAACAGCAAGAACAUCCGCGCUGCCAUGGAAGCCACGGAGCGAUACGGGAUCCACUCGCCGCAGGCGAAGGUAGCCUGGGAGAUUGUCGAAGAAUUCGACGCCUCGACGAACGAUUCCGCAGCCUACACGCCGAACCGAGAGGGAGGGCUCUCCCAGGAAGAACUCAACCAGGCCUACCAGGAGGUCCAGGCGAGCAUGGAAAUCAUGCAGCGGAACCAAUACGCGGCCGUUUCCUUCCAGAACAACCAGCAGCUGAUGAAGGACGUAGCUGCCGAGCUGCAGGCGAUCAAGCUCAGCCCGCCCGCCAAGAAGCCGGCACCCACGAUCCCCGGCCUGUGGGAUGCCAAGCUCAAGGCCCGCGCGUUGAGCCAGCAAUUCGGCAACCAAAGCCCACAAGCCAAGCUGGCCUGGGAAGAGGUCGAAGAAAUUGCCUCGAGCGGACUGAACAACGCCGUUGGUGGGAAUCUCUAUCAGCAAGAGACGUGCGAUCUUGUCCAGGCGGCGGAAGCCUGCAUGGCCCUGGAAGAGCUCGAUCGCUUUUUGUACUACGAGAAUUACCACGUUGGGGACAACAUCGAAAACAACGACCAGGAUAGUACAGGCUACUAUAGCACGCAAAACAACGAGGACUAUGGUUAUGGCAACAACGAAGGAGGGGGGACAUAUUAUUGAAUCGAAAGCGAAAGGCGUCGUGCCUCCUGAUCGCCGCCGCCGCUGGACAACUUUUUGAUGCCUCGCACAUCUUUCUACCAUUGGAUGGUCGACAGAAUAGGAGCAGCACCAAUAAAAGACCCUACUAAUACUAAUACUACUAAUCCUACUACUUAUAUCCCAUUAGAACCAAUAACUAAUAGAACUUCUC